UAAUAAUAAUAGUAAUAAUAAUCGUGAUCUUAGAGAUAAUCCAUUUGUAGCAUUCAUAGAAUCUAACCAUCCAAAUCAGUAAUAAACAGUAUUAAUUUGAAAAUGUUAUUUCUUUAUCAUAAUUUAACUUGGGUAUACAUUAUAUAUGUACAAAAUAUCAAUAAACAGGUUACAGAUUUCAGGUGUAAUAUUUUUCACACGAAAUGUUUAAACCGAUAAAUUUGUAUGCGAGUGAACAAGGGAUAUAGAAUUUAACAAGCGAACAUUUCUGUUUCGGAAAUGAAAGAGCUAUUUUAAAUUAAGAUAAACAUUCCCAUUUCCUUUAGUUUAAAAAUACUAAAAACUUAGAUAUAAACAUAUGGUAUGCUAGUAGGCAUAAUCAUUUUGGUCCAAGCUGUGCUAGGUAAUGUGAGACUGAAUGAAUUUUAUUCAUCUCUUUUUACUAUCUUGGUACAAAAUCUAGUAUCUUGAGUCGGUACAUAUCCGUUUCAGGUCUUUAGGUUUUUUUUAUGAAUGACUAAUUAUCUUGUGUAAUAGUUUGCGAUUUAAUCGACACAGGACACAAUGUAAAUAUUCCAUUUCUAAUGAUUUAAUUAUUGAUCUAAUAUAGUCACGGAAGAUCAAUUUUAUUUUGAAACAUAUUGCUCUGACAGUUCAUAUUCAAAUGGAAUAACAGUUUUGUGAUAAUUGUUUCUCGUGAUUUGCUGAAAUUUAAAUUACCUCUUAAUUCUCGAUAAACCUCAGCCAGCACAGUGUCCUUUUCUUCCAACCGUGGCUGCUCUCUUGGCGUGCUGAACGGGCUUGUAUGUCACAAUAACCUAAUCAAGCUAUUUUGGGUAGAACGCUCGUUCCUCGAGGUUCUAGCACGUCAGGCAGGUAAGUUGGAGAAGGUUGACGUCACACUAACAACUGUCUACAGAUGUGCUGGCAGUAUGGUUAUUACUUCAGAUGACAUGAACCUGUAGAAGUGUUACUUCUUCACAACCGAUGAAGGAGAUAGAAAGAAUCAGCCUUAAUACCAGAUCACUUUGCCCUUCCCCAUAUAUUUUUGAACCCGGAGAUAAGGCCUUAAAAGUAGGAAGCUAGCUUUUAAAAUCCUACUCAAAAAAGGACGUAUGUGAUAAGCCCUAAGCAUUUGUUCCUUGGGCUUUGUGUUCACGUUCGCAGGCUCUCAAAUCUACAAUUAACUCAGUUUACAUUUCAGCCCUUUCAAAAAGUGGCUUAUGUAUCACCGCACAAGAAAUUAAAUGAUGCUCACUUCACUCUCGUUGUAAUCCUACAGACUUUUAUUUUAGAAGGUCAACAAUACUAAAAUAAAGUGAUUUUAUAUAAUGAUUAGUGUGAUAUGACAUUAUUGUAAUUUUACAACUUAAUUUACCACAAACAUUUCAUGUAAGAAAAUAUUGACUAACUUGGUAACGCACUUAUAGCUUCCACCUGAGGUAUUCCGCUCAAAUAUCAAUUCUACCAGGACCACGUCCACAGAAUACAUGAUACUAAUACUUUUCUACAUACUUACUCCAAAUCCAUUUCUUGCAUUCAGUAUUUAGUACAAAAUUGAAAUCCACUAAUUUAUUAAACAACUACACUCUUAACAUGUAACAAACACACUCUACAUAAACACUAGGAAUUUGGAACUCAUUUGUAACAAGCAAGUUAUUUCGCGUAACAACAACCUAUACUUAGAUCUAUAAUCAAUUGGUAUACUUAGGCACAUCUGUUUUAUAAUUAUAAUUAAUACGUAAGUGCCACUUUUAAAAUAAAAGUACAUCAAACAUUUGAAUGUUUAACAGAUCGAAGAAUUCUAUCAUGAAAUAAACACGAAUAAGUGGGAAAAGGUCUCAUGGUUUUUUCUCAAGCUGCUAAAAACUGUAUAAAGUGCCCAUCCUUCAUUUCUUAUAGAAACAUCGGUUUACUGUAACUGAUUUCCAAACUAUUGACAUAUUUCGAAAGUGUUAACUUCAAAGUUUAGAUUAGACAUUUUCAGGCUAGUAUACUAAUAAUAUUGUUUAUUAAGUUCAGUUUUCCGACUAAUACAUUGAAAAAUACUUUUCAAACUAAGUAGGUGUUUCGAAACUGUAUCGUAAAAUUUGAUGGGGAAUGUAGAUACUGAUUUCGCUGUUUACUAAUUACCAACGGUUGAGUAGCCAUUUGGUUUUUUCAUUCUUGCACACAUGUUUACUUGCUAUAAUAUAUUUUGCAUUAUCAAUAUAAAGUUGUGGAGAUUGGUGAGUUUAGAUUGAUAUCAUGAAUGGAUCAAUGUUAGACCACCAUUGAGAACCUGGAAGCAGUGGACGGCUGGGUCAGUGGUCUACAGGUUAAGCGUUCGAAUGUGAGACCUAAGGUCCUGGAUAAGAGUCUCACGUGCGGGAUUGUGGGUGCGCACUGCUGAGUAGUCACAUGUUGCGUAUUGUUUAUUGUUCAGAUAAAUUAUGUACAGGCUUAUCAGAUUUUUCAUUUUUUUUCAUUUUUAAGUUUAUUUACAUUGUAUUAGAUCCGAGUUUCUUUUUUUGAUAUUUUUGUAUAUGUACCUGAAGGAGUUAACUGGAUAUCCACCAGCAAAUUAUUUACAGCAUACACACGCUUAUUAUGAAGCAUUGGAAGCAUUCAAAAAGGUACAUGGAGAUGAUUUAUCUGAUCAGAUUUACGAAAUGAUCACGAAUAAUGAUUCAGGUUUGCAGCUAGAAAAUAAAGGUCGUCAUGCUAAAUCAAUAAAUUUUAUUCCUAUGCGUGGAAGUCGACUACAAGAAACAAGUUUCAUGUUAUCACCGAGAAUAAUGCGUAGAGCUAGUAUAAAACUUUCAUCAUCCGUUAAUUGUCUCUUAAAAACUAGUCAUUCAUCAUUGUUUAUAGAAGAUGUAUGCAAUCAACAUCAUGGACAAUCUAUGCAUUGUGACGAAGAUAAUUCAAGUCAAAUUCUAGAAGAUCCAAACAAUUCCAUUCAUUUUAUAAAAGAUAAUCAUAAUGAUACCACAAAUUCAAUAGCACCAACCAAAAAGUUGACAAAAGAAAGUUCCAUCAUGCAAAAAUUAAACAAAUCAAUUCCUUUAGCAUUUAAGUCACACUUGACAAGUAAUUUGGUGAAAUCCGAUUGCGACAUACGUACAUCUGCCUCUAGUCCAUCUUUAUGUGAUUCUGGAAUCUUCCUGCGUCAGACAAUUGAAACAACGACCACAAAAACAACAGUAGAAACAGCCACAAGUGCCCAGUUCCCAUCAUCACCAUCGUCAUCAGUAUCAGCAGUCUUAACAUAUACUACACAACCAUUGUCAAGCCAAUCGAAUAAGAUCAUUCCUAUCAUUAACCCUAAGGAAGAAAUUUGUAAUCCUUAUAAUUUUAAAGAUAUACAACAAGCUAUCUCAUGGCUUGAAGUUGAAUUGAAUGCCGUUAAAAAUAUAAUGCUGGCUAAUAUGAAAUGCGCAGAUGAAAAUAAAAAAAAUAGAGCAUCUCGUAAAGCCUACAAAUUAGCUGCUAAACGUAACCAAGAAACUAUAACUAACCUUGAGAAUCAAAUACAUGGCCUACAAAUGUAUACUCAAAAACGCGAAAUAUUAAAAUCCUCAAAAUUUGAAAAUACAUCGAUAUGCAAUUCUGACCAUUAUUCAACAAAUCAAUCGUUACUCAAAGUGUCAUCGUCAUCUUUAUCUUCUCCAUUAAGCUCCUGUUCACCAUCAUCUUCAUUAUUAUCAAGAGAACGUAGAUCAAUUGAUCAGUCAACAAAUGAGAUUCCAUCGAAAAUAAAUAUUCUAAAAAAAUAUGAUGAGAAAGUUAAUCAUUCAUCCAUCACUCAUUCCAGUGUAAAAGAUUUAUUAUUCAUGCAAAAAGAUGUUAAUAAUGUAAAAAUAUUACGUCCAGUUAUUUCGUACCAUAUUAAUCAAAGAAAUCUACCACAGACAUCAUUACAACAUACCCAACUGAAUAAUACCAAAACACCAAAUUUAAAUUUUGAAGCAUUAAAACUGUCAUCGCCCAGUGUAUCAUCGAAAUUUCGUCAAGGUAAUAAAAUUCAAGAUAAUUCAACUAAAGCUCAACAGGCGAUUGUUCCUUUAAAAGAGACAACGCUGACAACGGAUUUCGAUAACGGAGAAAGUGAUAAUAAUUAUGAAAAUCUAUCUGAAUACGAGCAUCAAAGAGAUAAUAAUUAUACAGCUACAACAAAAUCUUCAUCUUCACCGGUGCCAUCGUCUUUGUUAGAUACGGAAGAGUCUCAGUCAUACAAUACAGCUAUUUCAACGGCAACUAGGAGUUUUAGCGAUAUGGGAACACAGACAAUCAAUUAUGAUAUAUUUGAUAGUUAUAAUAAAAAUGAUGAUAAUAAUAAUAUUGGUUUAGACGCCAGUCCAAACAGUAAAUUAUUGCUAAACGGGAACUAUACAGAAGAUAGUUACCGUUGCAGUGAUCAAUCAUCAGAAAUGAACUCCUAUCAUGAUUCUCCUUUGUAUCAUCAACUUUCAUCGGAUUCAUCUCAUAAGCUAAAAUCUAACUUUCACCAACAUCAAGAAUUAUCAUUUAAUACAAAAAAGUUAUUUUUGAAUGAGAACAAAUGUCAACCAGCACCAAAACAAUUAAAUGAAAGGCAGAAUUCAUUGUUACAUUUGACAAAAUCAUAUCGAAGUCCAACAUUAUCAUCUUUUUCUUCUUGGUCAUCAACUCAUUCUUUAUGUUCAGUAAACUUAAAUGGACAACGUGAAUCUGUAGAGAAUACCAGUAGUGAUACAAUGCCUGUUAAUAAGGUUUUACAAUCUUCUCAUAGUACGCAUAAUAUUCAAAGUACACCGAAAAAUACGUUAGUCGAUGUAGAAUUGAAUAAUCAUACAUCUAAUCAUCAAAUUCAGUCAAAUGGAAUAAAAGUACCAACUAAUCAAACCAAUUAUUAUUUACCAAUUCAUCAAUUGAAUAAAAAUAUUAACAGUAAUAAUAACAAUACAAGUUUACAUUAUUUAUCUUCUGAACAAGUACAAUCACCUAUUUUGGUUAAUAAAACAUCUAAAACUUGUUAUUAUAGUCCUGUUUCACAAAAUCGAUCAGGACAAUCAAUUCAAAAAGUUAUUGAUUAUCGUAGUACACUUUAUCCAGGAUUAAAAAGACAGAAUAAAGGAUUACAUGCAACUUUAUCAACGGUAAAUCUUUAUCAAACUCCUACAGAUUCUCCAAAUCACAGACGAUCUGGUAAUCAUUCAACUAGAAUUAUUGAGCAAGCAAAGUUGUAGAUCACAUUGAAUGACUUGUUGUUCCAUUGCUUAAGAACAGAAAUUUCAAAGAAAGUUUUUUUAUUUAAACCACGUGAAUUGGAACCAACCUCCGUUAGACCUACAUUUCACUGAAUGUACACAAUUCAGUGAUCAAUCAUUUGCUGUAUUUUACCCUGUAUACUCCCUGUGAUUAUGACAACGACAAUAUUGAAAAAUGAAGUCAAAAAAGAGAGUUGAAAUGAUAACAAUACAUUUUCUUGUGUACUAUUACUAUCUUUUUACAUAAUGAUUAUAAUUUCUUUUAUAAUUGAUAAUUCAUUUAAAUUUAUUAGUUUAUCAAUUACUGUGUUUAUUAUCAUUAUACAAUCCGACAGAUAUCUUAGUUCCAUCUCACUCUUAAAUGGAUUUACAUUUCUGAUAACAAUCCUUUCAUGAAAUUACCAAGAUUUGUGUAGACUUUUCUAGCUAUUUUAAUCGUUUCUUAUUUAUAUAUCCAAUCAUCUAUUACCGCAGAAAUAAAGCUCUUCUAAGUGAUUGACUCUGAGAAGAAAUACUCAAGUGUUGUUUCAUUUUCUUUUGAAAAUUAUUUCAUUUACCUCAUUUAUUUGCUUAGCAGAAUGUAUAUUCGUGUGUAUAUACGCACUCAUUUUCUGUCUAAGUACCUUGAUUGUAUGUGUACAAAAUUUUCUUGAUUUAGAUUGACUUACUUUCUUCUUUUGUAACUAAAAGCUUUGAAGUACUAUGUUAAGAUGAUCACUGAUAAUUGUCUCGUCGUUAACUCUAGAAGGACAAGUAAUAAAUAAAUUCAUUGUGUAACGACAAGAUUUCUGAAAAACUACUAAGAGAUUGUGGUUUGUAUUUGCCACAGAUUGAUCUUAGGCGAAGAUAUCAUUCAAAACCAGGAAGCCCUGGACAACCGUUUCAUCUUAACAUGAGACUCCUUAAAUUAAUUCAAACUCUACAAAAUCCAUUUCAAUUAAACUAUCAAGAAAUUGGUUAACAAAUCCGUAGAGAAAACUAUCUGAUUGGUUGGAGGUACAAGUUGAUAUAACACAACUCUAUAUACAUAGUACAGAUUCUUAUAAUGACAGCGUGGAUCAAAGGGAUAAUAAUGAAGGGAUUGAACCAAGCACCAUGGAUAGGAAUAGCACUACGUAAAUCAUUGAGAUGCAGAAAUAUCAGAGAAUGCCAAUGUGCAGACGAUGGUCGAGAAGAGCCAUUACUGUUGGUUGGGCUAUGUUGAUUAAGUUUCAAUCGGUCCGUAAUGUUAACUGGUUAGACAUCGUGAUAGUUUUUUAUUUGAUGUUAUAUAGGUUCAAAGUAGUUUGAAUGAAACAUUGGAUCUAGGAUUCAUUCUGAGUGAGGUUUGUUACCAAAGCAUUUCUACAAAAUUAAUAGGAUUUAUACUUCCUCUCUACCAUCUUUUUUAAACUUUUGUCUUGAUAUAACAUUUCUGUUCAUGUAAUUAGAUUAUCCUUAUUGGAAUCUCAAGCAGAACAUUGGUUUCUUCAAGAUUGUAUGAAUAGCUCGUCGAAGAACAUCAAUCAAAACUAAAUCCCUCUAGGGCUUCCUGUGGACUCUUUUCAGGUACGAAACUUAUCGUGACUUUAGAUCGCCUAAUCAUUGUCCAGUUGAUUAUUGAUAAAUAUUAUAACAUAAGAAAAUCUAAAUUCAUUCAGUAUUGUUUGUUUGAAUCUUCCC